GGGGUGGAAGGAAAGGAAGAGAAGGACUUCCCUGUUUCUAUGUAUGACUAUCUAACCUUUUCAUACUUCCCAGAAAGCUUUGGAAUAGGGUGACUGUGUCGAUGCCAUGCUGAAGACUUAAAUCAGUGCUCCCUGUCACUCCUUUCCAGCAUGCACUCGAGAAAAGUGUAAAUGUGUUUGGUCUGAACCCAAAGCUUUCUCAGGAGGGGAGGCUUCAAGGUGACUGAGGAUGCCCUGUGGGAAGAUACCAGCAUCCAAAGGAAGCUGAUGUGCUAGACAGCUCUCCAGGGCAAUGUUGGAAGAGACUUAGUCUUCUGUUUUCAGCAUCUGCUCCUCUCCUUGCUAUGGUAAAGAAGGAGCCAACUCCAGUGUGUGUGAGGGAGGCUUGCUUGUGCACUCCUACUGAUCUCUUCAAUCCAGCUUAAGAAAGCAUUUCCCAUUCUGACCAAGUUGAAAAUACGAUUUUAUCGCAGGCAGGGAGCUGUGGGAUAGAUCUGUAAGGUGUGUGUUACUUUCUUUUUUUCAUGUGUUUUUUCAUUUCAGCAGAUCCAACUUUCAGCCUUCGGACUUCUGAUGGGAUUGGUUUAUCUCAUCUGAAGCAGUAAUUUUAUGAAAUACCUGAGGAAGUUAAAGCAAAUGCCGUAUUGUCCCGGUGCAGCAUGUUGGUGUUUCUUCAGUCUGGGUUCUAACCCCAAACUCUGCACAGGUCAAAGGAGGUCACCUUGGCAGUGAACAUGCCCACCUGUAGGUCAGUUUUAGUGGUGGAAACCGAGUUAUGGAUGCUACCAGGAGGAGUGGGAGAAACACUGAGUCGUGCUGAGCACAACUGGACAUGAAUGUGGUGGCCGAAACAUGGGCUGCAGAUAGUGUCAAGUGUGGUGGGAUAAAACAACCUGGACAGCUCACAUAAGUGUUGGUCAGCAUCCUUACAGCUGUGACCUGCUGUCAGAGAAGGAGUUGGCUUGGGGAUCUCUCUCAGUAUUGCUACACUUGGCAGUAGCUUGGCUGGGUGAUUGGCACAAAGUUAUCUGACUAAUUGCUGCACUUACACUUUCGUAAUCGCAUUCUUAAGCUAAAGAGGGAGUCAUGGUGCUCGUGAGGCUACUCCAUUCUGUGCUAAAAUUAGCUCUUUUUUUUAUUAUUAUUAGAGAACUGAGCUGGAGUGGCUGUAAGGAUCAGCAUUCUUCGGAUAAAGGUCCGGUUGACAUCUCAUGGGGAGUGGCUGUAAAGUGUGAUUGACCAUCAUGUGUGGGAAGCUUGAUGCUGUGACGUACAGGACAUGAGAUAAAAUUGCAACACAUUUUCUUACUGUAAAGUGGAAAAUGCUUCCUCUCAGCGUAAAAAAAUAGAGAAAGGAGAAAUGGAAUUAUUCCCUGCUGUCAGGUAUCCUACAUGAGAAUGCUUACUCCUUACUGCCGUGUGGAGCCUGAGGGCUAUAGCUCCAUUUUCUAUAUCUCUGGUGGCACAGUGCACUUCAGGCAGGUUUUACAGUCUCACUGUCCCUGUCCAAGUUGGUCUGAAAGCAGAAAAAUCCAUUUUGAACCAAGUUGGGCAAUACCACUUGCACGCAUUGUUCUAGGUAGAACAAGUUGGGCUAUAUACCGUGUAUAAUGUCUUGGAGCAGCACUGUACCUGUGGCACUUCCAAAUGUUCACUAUCCAGAAAUAACCUCUGCGGUAAUGGCAGCAGCCAGACGAGAUCUUGGGAGUCAUCUUCUGCUCUGAAACACUUCAUGAGAUACAGCCGCAUCUGCUGCAGCCUCUGACGCGCUGCCUCAGUGUGAUGAGGAAGAGUCACCACCAUCUUGCUUAAAAAUGACUCCCUGCAAGCAGCAAGGCACCAUUGCACUGUGCAUCCACCAUGUUCAUGUGGUACGGGUUGAGAUGAACAGCCAGGCCCUAUGGGAGCCCAGGAGCACCCUGCAGCUGAGCAUUCCUCCACCAGCUAAAGGACCUAUGCAGGAUUCCUCUCCCUGCUGGACUUGUGACAGCAAGAAUUGAUGUCUUUUCUUGCAGUUUGCAUGGCUGGUGGGUCUCCCACUGCCCAGGGAGCUGUGUUGCUCCUCCUGUUUUUGUUUGCUUUCUGGAUCUGCUUCCCUUGAGACAGUUUCAUUGCGAAGGAAACCAGUAGUGCCGCUGGUGGGGGCUGCCCCAUGCGGAGAGACAGUCAUCCUUCCUCAUGAGCUGCUGGUUUAGUGGAUGAUGGUGACAUGACUGAUGCAGUGGGUGGAUGUCCGGGAUGGGCAUUAUAAAUAGCACCCGUGGGAGAUGCCUCUCAGCAUUCUUCCAGGACAGAGCUCUGCCGGGGAAGGGUGAGAAGUUCUGGUUUCACACAGCCAACAUCUCCCAGAUUUGCUCCCAGGUUGGUCAUGUGUGUAGGGAGAUGCAGCCGCAUCGUGGGCCCCUGCUUGCUGGUGCUGGGCAUGGUCUCCGUGGUGGCCAGCAUCCUGCUGCUCUUCCCUGGCGGCUCCUGGCAAUACGUGGUGGAUGGGCACAUCAGCAGGCGGGCAAAGAUCGUGCCAGGCAUCUGGGGAGGCGGCGUCAUGGUGCUGCUGGCAGCUACUCACAUCACUGCUGUGGGAUGGCGAUGCGCCUGCUGCUCCGACUGUGGCACCCGUCGGAACGCCUUCCUCUCUGUUGUCCUCUCCAAGCUGGCUCUCCUGGGCUCUGCCGCCUGCUUCUUCUUCUCGGGGCUGGGUCUGACUGACGGCCCUCUCUGCCUCUACAACACCACUGAGCUCAGCAGUGGCCUUAUUUGGGACUACCCCUUCGUGGACACACCUAGCAACAGGGGCUUGGAGAAUUUCUACCUGUUCUGCCCGAGCACCUGGGGCACCUGCCUGGAGCCGGUGGGCAUCGUGGCAUGGCACGUCACCUUCUUCUCCAUGCUGCUGCUCAUCAGUGCUGCCGAGAUGGUGCUAACCUUCCUCCAGAUCAUCAACGGCUGCGCCGGGUGCCUCUGCGGCUUCUGUGAGAGGAAGGAGGCAGGGCUCUCCCGUGCGCCUGGAGUGAGGUGAGACCAUGUGUCCCGGCUGUGGCCUCUGUGGAGACCACUCCUGCUCACCCCGUGUCUUCCAUUCCACAACGCACCUGAGCCAUGUAUAUAAAUAAAAGCCUGAU